UCAGAUGCAGCCGCUGCAAGCUCCAUUGUGAGCUGAGCGACCCGCAUUAACCCCACUCUGCCGACCCCAGCCCCUGAGCCGGAGCCUGCAGGCUGCAGAAUAACGUCCGGAUUGGGAAAUGGCUGCCGUGGAACCAGCUCAGCAGGACCAGGCACAAUGGGAGAUUGCCAUGGCUGGGAUGUGGGGCAAACCCCUUGCCUUGGGGGAAGGGCGUUGUGGGAUACCCAUCCAGCAUCCCAAGAGGGAGGAGAGCGAGGCUGAGGAGCAGAGCCCUGGCUGGCCCUUGUCCCCGCGGACGCCGUCCCAGUCCUGGCUGGGAUGCUUGGAGGGGGAAGAUUCUCCAUUGAGGACGGCGCAGACACCUGCCCGGUCUCGAGAAGGGGCAGACACUGCUGGCCUUGAGCAGGUGGUGCCGUCCCGUGACUGGCCUCAUGGGGACGAGGUUCCUUCAUUCACCCGGGAGGCACUUGAAACCUGCGGCUCCAUGGGGACAGGCCCCACCAGGGGCUGUGCCGAGGGCAAGGCAGCCGUUUCAGAGCAGGCCAGCGAGGAAGCCCAUCGCUUGCAGUUCCGCUCAGGCGCUGCCCAGCUCGGAGAAGCUCCCCGGGAGAUGCUAGCCCGGCUCAGCCGGGCUGCUUGGCUCUGGCUGCGGCCCGGGGAGCGCACCAAGGAGCAGAUCGUGGACGUCGUCGUGCAGGAGCAGUUCCUGGGGGCUCUUCAGGCGGACGUGCGGGCCUGGGUGACGGCGAGGGAGCCCCGUAACAGCGAGGAGGCGGCUGUGCUGGCUGAAGCCUGCCUGGGGCAAGGGGAGUCGACCCAGCCUGUUCAGGGGCCGGUGACCUUCGAGGAGGUGGCUGUGUAUUUCACGGAGGAGGAGUGGGCUGUGCUGGACCCCAGUCAGAGAGCCCUCUACAGGGACGUCAUGCAGGAGAAUUACGAGAGCGUGACCUCACUGGCUCCCCUCCCUACAGAGGCAGACGCUGGCAUGGAAGGGAUAGAGCCGGAGAGUGCACCAGGAUUGGAGGAUAAACCAGAGGAGGUGCCUGAGCCCAAAGAGGAUGAGGAAGAAGACUUCACCGAGGAAGAUGACGUCACUUACACUGGUGACCUGCGAGAUGAGAAUUACCACCCCUCGCUGGACAGUGACUCUGAGCUGAAAAGAGAACAAAGCCAAACCAAGAACCGCAAGAGACCCCUGAAGAGUGCGCAGCUGUCUACUGAGACGAGUCCAGCCAACGGCAGCCCCUCUGAGGAGAAAGCGGUGCAAUCCAGACGCAAGAAGCGGGGACAGCCAAGCAACAAGGAUGUGGCCCAGAUCGGCCCCAAGAGAAUCAGGAAGGCAACCAAGCGCGAGAUGCUCCUGUGCGACUUCGAGGGCUGCGGCAAGAUCUUCUCCAACCGCCAGUACCUGAACUACCACAGGAAAUACCAGCACGUGCACCAGAAGACCUUCACCUGCUCCGAGCCCAGCUGCGGCAAGUCCUUCAACUUCAAGAAACAUCUGAAGGAGCACGAGAAGCUGCACAGCGACAAACGGGAUUACAUCUGUGAGUACUGCGCCCGCCCCUUCCGCACCAGCAGCAACUUGAUCAUCCACAGACGCAUCCACACGGGGGAGAAACCCAUACAGUGUGUGAUCUGCGGCUUCACCUGCCGUCAGAAGGCCUCCCUCAACUGGCACAUGAAGAAGCAUGACGCUGAUUCCUUCUACCAGUUCUCCUGCGACAUCUGCGGCAAGAAGUUUGAGAAGAAGGACAACGUCACCGCACACAAGAGCAAGAGCCAUCCGGUGGCUGCCGGCCCAGCCCAGCCCACGCCGGAAAUGCCAGAACCUGGCCACCAGGACACCCCAUCCCCGCUCCCCACCCUCGCUGAGGAGACAUCAACCGAGGACCACCCAGAUGUGCCGUGCCCACUUGCCACUGAGCAGCUGGAGAUCCCUGCUCUGAACCAUUGCAAGAUGGAGAAGGCGGAAGGGCCGGUGUCCCCCAUCGCAGCCUCUGCCGAGUAACGGGCCACACCGAGCAGGAUCUGGGUCUGACCAGCGCUUGGGGGCUGAGCCACGGGGGAUGUCGGCAGAGAUGAUCCCAGCAGGAUCCUGCCUUCCAGCUGGACUCUGCUGAGAGUGGGGCAUAAAGCACUUAGCAGAAGGGCGGGGAUAAUGACUGAACCAUGGUGGGAGACUGUAGCGGCAGAUCUGAAAUCCUGCCCAGGCACUGAGAGUAUGGAGACAGGGAGGCAAACCCCUGCGGCCAUGAGCAGCCUCCCCACCCCACAGUCAGUAGAGCGCAGACCCUCUGUGGGCCAAGAGGACUGUGAUACCAGGCAAAGGGCCUCACCUUCUCUGGGGCAGGGGGACUCUGAAGAGAGAUGCUGAGGUUCACCCUCCCCAGGAACAGGCCUCGGUUUUGCUACUCUCAGCUUCAGGGUUUUGGACAAUUCUUCAGUAAAGAAUUAUUUUGUGUAA